AUGGAGCUUGCAUUUUCCUAUGUAUCUGGAUACUCUGUAGCCACUCUCCUCUUACAAAUAGUAGUACUCCCCUCAGCUCUAGGCUUGGAUGUACAGAUUAAUGUUCAUGUUCCUGACACAAAAGGGCUCAUGCUGGAGUGUAAUUCGGGAGGGUGGUUCCCAUCACCCCAGAUGGAGUGGAGAGACAGCAGGGGAAAUGUAAUUCCAUACUCAUCAAAGUCCUCCUCAGUGGAUGGAGCUGGAUUAUUGCACCUGAAGAUGAGUGUUCUUCUCAAAAACAGCACCCACAGUCCUGUCACUUGCUGCAUUUGUAAUCCAGUCACUGGUCAAGAGAAAAGGGCAGGUGUUAUCCUACCAGAUAUCCUGUUCAAAUCAAAGUGUGCGGGGAUGUUAUGUGAGAACUUAUACCUCCUGAUAUAUCUGAUCAUUUUACUUGCUCUUUUGUGUUUCAGCAUAAACUUUUCACAGAACAGAUGGUUCGUUCUCUUUUCAUACUGUAUCCCUUUCCUGAUACAUGGUGGCAUCUCCCCUAUCUACUUGAUAUUCAAGAAUGGAGUUACUGAUUCAGAUGACCUAUACCCAUUGUAUAGUACUUGGAUAUGUGAUAUAUGUGUGAUCCUGACUGUACUGAUGGCAUUUUUCUCCGUACUCAUUUUUUGUCUACUGCAGGCACUGGAAGGGAAGACCCACAGGGAAGGUCCUCUUUGA